GUUUUGCGAUAGAAUUUUCGAGAAAACUCGAUUUGCCUCCGGAUGUUUACUUCAUUAGUUCCUCAAGAAUUUGCAUUUGUCCUGACAAGAGCAAUGGAUAAUACAGAAUUGCAAACAUGAAUGAUACUGAUUUGCAACCGCCAUUCACCAAAAUAAAGUGUCAUUCCUGUUUGUACCGGCAUGUCCAAAGAAGUAGAACCUGAUACAUUGGUAACCCUCGAAACGGAUGUUGAGUAUUCAGAAAUACUAGAACUCACUACUGUAUCCGAAGCGCAACAGCAAGAAAUAGUUUUGAAGCCACCGCCACAGUUUUCUGAAACAGAAUUUGGGACUUACAUAUCCAUGGAAGAAGCGAGAAUGCAAAGGCCUUCAACAUCAAGGUCACAUUUCGAUGAGGAACCUUACACAUCGAGGCAGGCCUCUACUUUCCAUACGUACAGCACUGUAGAAGACGCAGAAGUCAUUCAGUACGAAAAUUUCAUACAUGGCAGAUGUCCGCAGGAGGAAGAUGUAGAGCCCCGUUUUGCGAACAAUAUAGGAUACGAUGGUGAUAUAUCAGAUGAUAUCCUGAGCUUAAGAACCCGGCUGAAAAUCAAGAAACGAAGAUUACCCUUUAUAGCAUAUGCUUUUUAUGCCGCAGAAGAGGUUUAUCAAGAAGUUGAGAAAAUACUGCUUUUGGAUAUAGUCUUCCUCGUAUUCUCACUUGGAGUCGCAUCAGUAGGUAUGACGCGAGUGACUGAUUGCACUGUCUCACCCAACAUUCCUGUAAUCAUUGUUGUCAGUGGCGUUGUCGAUGCUGUCGUCAACGUGUUAAGUAUUUCUGCCUCUCUAACAAGACGACCAUCCUUGAAGGAAGGGCUACAUGACAUCACCAGAAUGGGGAGACUCACGUUAUUUUUUAUUCACACUUAUGGUUUAGCGAAAGUGUACAGCAUUUUACCGCCUGAAGAAUCGGAUCAUUUUUCUCUUGAAUAUUGCGAUUCCGUACUGUACUGGACAACAUUUGCUUUCUUUCACAUCACUACCUUGUCGUCUCUCAUUGUAUUCGCAGGCAUGGCUACAGCUGUUGCCUGCUUUUAUGUCUAA